GGGAGAUGAUGUCUGGCUUGAUGCUUCUCUUCCUGGAUAUCUACCUCGGUAUUCGAAUGUGUGGACUUUCAGACCAUCAUAUUACCUACCUACCUAGUACUUAAGCAGCAAACAUGGUAUAUCUAGCAAUCCUAACGGGUAUCAACGUCCUGGCGCUCGUAAUACGGCGUUCCCUUGCUUUCCCUUUCGUGUCCGACGCAACCACAACUUACUCCUCCGACGUAGCUACUACGGUUCCCGUCGUUCCUAUCACAGACGUGACUUCUCACGGUAGAUACACGGGUCCAUCGGCGGCUAGCACGGGCGCGUUAUCUACCGAUGUCUCUCUAGCGACCAUCGCCGCCAGUCCGCCGGAGCCGUACAAGUUAGAAUACCCAGCGGACGGACAGCUUCACGAAGAAGAGCCCGCGCCUUAUACCCCGGGGGGUGGGCUAGGUACCAACGGAUCCGAACCAGUGUACCGGGUAAUCAGCGACUUUGACUACGAAUCCGUUGCUCUGGCAUUAUAUCAAGAAUACAUUGAAUUGGAUUUGUUUCAUUGGGGAUUGGCUCAAUUCUCUGUCGACGACUUCGAAGCUGUCGGAUUGGGCGCCGAAGAUCGAUACCUCAUUGAGUUCAUGGCUGACCAGGAGGUUGGCCACGCGACUGCUUUGUCGAACAUGCUCGGUCCGGAAGCGCCGGUACAGUGUGCCUACAACUAUCCAGUUUCGGAUGUCCGAGAGUUCAUCGACUUCAACCAGAAGCUGACGAGAUGGGGAGAGUCUGGCGUUUUAGGAUUUAUAAACCAUCUAGAUUCCCGGGAAACGGCACAGAUACUUUUGCAAUCCAUCACCACGGAAUCACGGCAGCAGAUGAUCUUUCGUCAGUUCGAGGGCCUCUUUCCGAUGCCACUAUGGUUCGAGAUCGGCAUACCUCAGUCGUGGGCAUGGACUCUCUUGGCCCCAUAUAUAUCGUCAUGCCCAUACAAUCAAACUCGCCUCAUCUGGCAAAACUUCCCUCCUCUGCGAAUAUUGAAUCAGCCCAACCCGGCUCGUAUCAAUGGAUCCUACGUCUGGAACGAAACGGCAAGCGCAUACGCAAACUCGCUCAGCACCACGGACAUAUCAGCUUCCGAGAGCUGCUUGAACGCCACAAUCGGUGAAAAUUGCAACCCAGCAAUCACUCACGACAGAGCUGUCCCGUUGUCGUACCCAGGCCGCCAAGUUUUCCUCAGUUGGGACUCCCCAGGGUACCGCACCGGUCCUAACAAUAGUUAUUUCACCAGCACGAAUGCCGGCACAGCUAAGUUCGCUGCUUGGGUCUCUCAGCUCAAUGUGACGUAUACUGCUUUGCAUUGCACUGGAGAUAAUGCAGCGUACACAUUCCAGCCAAAUACUACUACUUAUGAGGGCGACCCUGCCGUUAACGGCACCAUCUUCUUGGCCAUCACGGACCUAGAUCUCUAUGUGACACCGUUCAACCUUUCACUGAUUAACCCACACGUUAAUGCACUGGCCAUCUACCAGGCCGGCUGAAAGUAGGACUCUCAUAAUUUAUAUGCUACAGAACAUCCCCCAAACAGCCAAAGUGGACGUGAGAAUAUGAGACGUGGGAGUAUAAUUGGGUAUUGGAUAGUUCUAGAGAAAAAUCAUAGUGUGUGCUGGUCUCGCAGCAUCUGCAUCUCUGUAGCAAUUAGAGUGUGCACACAGGACGUGCUAGGGAAAGAUAGCGGCACACCACGGCCCGUGGAAUGCCAAUCACGUAAAAUUGAUGUUCGCAAUAUGUGUGAUAAUCAUAUCGUGUCGAUGCUAGUAAUCGUGAUGCUAGAGUACUUCCUAUUUUGUCGUAUGUAAGUAUGCAUCACAAUACCUUUGUUCAGCAUAGAGAGAAUAAAGGACAUUGAUAAAUUUCGCGUUUCUGGUCGAUUCGAUUGAUGCUUCCUCGUGAUUAUCACGUUGUAAACCCACUUAAAACGAUGAGCACCUUUACGCCGUUUCCAAACCACCUAUGGGUAUCUUUUUCUUUCCAAACGAGCCUUCAAAUCAAAUAAAGAGAUACCUCGAUUCGAUCGUUGCCGGAGUAAUUCUCCCAAUGAAUACGUCACUGGCAGCCAUCGUAUUUAAAUGCAUUGUUAAAAUAUGCAUAGAUACCAAAGUCCCACAAGACCAAGCGUGCAAUACUAAAAGUGCCUAGCCGUCAUCAGUGU